GACGUGUGCGUGAUUAAGAGCAGCGCACUCGCCAUCCGCAUCCACAUCCACCGCCGAGCUUGCCUUUUCUUUCCUCUUCGAUUCUUUUUUUUUUUCUUGGAGAAUAAGAAGAAGAGAAGAGGGGGCAGAAGAACAAAAGGAGUCGCGCCGUUGCGUUGCUCGCUCCUCCCCGCGUCGUCCCCGCCAGCAGCUCCCUCGCUCUCCCUCCCGAUCUGAUCCGAAGCGCGACCUCGACGAGACCACCGCAGGGGCACGAUGCAUUCCACCAACCUUUUGCUCGAGGAGCCCAUCCGGAUGGCCUCCAUCCUCGAGCCAUCCAAGACCAGCUUCUUCCCGGCGAUGACCAAGAUCGUCGGCACGCUCGGGCCCAAGUCCCGCUCCGUCGACACCAUCUCCUCCUGCCUCAAGGCCGGCAUGUCCGUCGCUCGCUUCGAUUUCUCGUGGGGAGACGCUGCCUACCACCAGGAGACGCUCGAGAACCUCAAGCUCGCCAUCAAGUCCACCAAGAAGCUCUGCGCUGUUAUGCUUGACACGGUUGGACCGGAGCUGCAGGUGGUCAACAAGAGUGAGACCCCCAUCUCCCUUGAGGAGAACGGGACUGUCGUGCUCACGCCGCAUCAGGGCCAAGAAGCCACCUCCACCUUGCUGCCCAUCAACUUCUCUGGGCUCGCCAAGGCUGUGACACCAGGUGCAACAAUAUUUGUGGGUCAAUACUUGUUCACCGGUAGCGAGACUACUUCAGUUUGGUUGGAGGUUUCUGAAGUUAAAGGAGACGAUGUGGUUUGUAUAAUCAAGAACACAGCUACCUUGGCUGGGUCACUCUUCACACUGCAUUGCUCCCAGAUCCAUAUUGACUUGCCCACGCUGUCUCAUGAGGAUAAGGAUGUUAUCAAAAAAUGGGGUGCUCCAAAUAAGAUUGACUUCCUCUCUUUGUCUUACACAAGACAUGCAGAAGAUGUGCGGCAGGCACGCGAGUACCUCUCGAAAUUGGGUGAUCUUAGCCAAACUCAGAUUUUUGCCAAAAUUGAGAAUGUUGAGGGCUUGAACCAUUUUGAUGAAAUACUGGCAGAGGCAGAUGGUAUCAUUCUGUCAAGAGGAAACCUAGGAAUUGACCUUCCACCUGAGAAGGUCUUUCUGUUUCAAAAGUCUGCGCUUCACAAGUGCAACAUGGCUGGAAAGCCUGCUGUUGUUACUCGUGUCGUGGACAGCAUGACUGACAACCUCAGGCCUACUCGUGCGGAGGCAACUGAUGUGGCAAAUGCAGUUCUCGAUGGGAGUGAUGCCAUUCUCCUUGGUGCUGAGACUCUCCGUGGUUUAUAUCCAGUGGAGACUAUUUCAACAGUGGGCAGAAUUUGUGCUGAGGCUGAGAAGGUAUUCAACCAAGAUUUAUACUACAAGCGAACUGUGAAGUAUGUGGGAGAACCUAUGACCCACUUGGAGUCUAUUGCUUCCUCAGCAGUGCGAGCUGCUAUCAAAGUUAAGGCAUCAGUCAUCAUUUGCUUCACCUCUUCUGGACGGGCUGCAAGGCUCAUUGCCAAGUACAGGCCCAACAUGCCUGUUCUUUCUGUUGUCAUUCCUCGUCUGAAGACAAACCAACUGAGGUGGAGUUUCACAGGUGCUUUUGAGGCAAGGCAAUCACUCAUAGUUAGGGGCCUCUUCCCUAUGCUUGCUGAUCCACGGCAUCCAGCUGAAUCUACCAGUGCUACAAAUGAGUCUGUGUUGAAGGUUGCUCUUGACCAUGGCAAAGCCUCGGGUGUCAUCAAGUCCCAUGACCGUGUCGUUGUUUGCCAGAAAGUGGGUGAUUCCUCUGUUGUGAAGAUCAUUGAGCUGGAUGAUUAGGCAAUCAGCCUAUGCUUGUCUACUAGGGCAUGUUUUUGCCUAUUUUUGACUAGGCCUAAACUUAUUGGCUAUGUAUAAUCCUAUAGCGCUUGAAAAAUGAGCAGUUUUUCCUAUGGUGCCAUCAUAGGAUUUGCUUUUACAGUUCCAAUUGUGAUGUAGAUCGGAAUUUGCUCGACUAAACUGCGGUGUAACAGUUCAAUGGGCAGAUGGAAUAAUGCAAUACCAAUACUGUUCCCUCGUUAGGUUGUCACUUCAAUUGCUGAUCUAGACUUUUUUGCUAA